UCUACGGAUCUAAAAAUAAGGUCGUAUUUUUACAAGUAACAGGAAAAUAGUUCCUUAACACGCUCUACAAUGAAACUAUACUACACAGUUAUUAGUGCCGCUUUAUUAUUUGUUAUCUGCAAUUUGCCGCAAGUUUCUAAAUGUAUGACGCAGGGAGAUCUAAUAUCGCAAUGGGCGGAUAAGUUAGGUGAACAGCUUUGGAAUCUGGGUACAGUGGUAACUAAAAGACUUGACAUUGAAAAUAGCUACGCAUUUGUAAAUCCCGAAACGAAGGAUCCAGAAAAGAUUAUAAAUGAUAUCGUUAAAAAUGUUUCUGCUAUGAUGAUGAAGAAAAGGAAAGCAGUGGUUUGCAUUUUAAAAAAAGCCGAAAUGGCAGCAGCUGAAUUUGAAUUGAAUGAUACCGAUCGCAAUUAUACGUACUACAGAUCAAAUCCCCCUAUCAAAGAUGAUCAGAAUGAUGAUGAUGAGGAUCAUUCUGAUCCUGAUAUAGACAUGUACAGGCGUAUGGACUUGGAUAACGACACUCAUUUUUUCAAUAUUCCUGUCAAUACAGCACACAGUUCUGUACACGUUCCUACCAACAUUUAUCAUAGACACGAUGAAGCUGAAACAGCCAUCAAAUGGUCAUCAGUUUUGGACGAAGUUUUUAUACAAAAUUACCGUGCCGAUCCUGCCCUUACCUGGCAGUAUUUUGGCAGCUCAUCGGGGAUUAUGCGGCACUAUCCAGCCAUGAAUUGGACAAUAUCAGAUAAGGGUUUAUUUGAUUGUAGAAUAAGAACGUGGUUUAUUGAGGCAGCAACUUGCACGAAGGAUGUUGUAAUACUGUUGGAUAACUCUGGAUCUAUGCAAGGUUGGAGCAAGCACAUAUCAUUUUUGAUAGUGAAUACGAUUUUGCAAACUCUUUCAAAUAACGAUUAUAUAAACGUAAUGAAUUAUUCCGAAACGGUUGACUAUUUAAUACCCUGCUUUGGAGGUAAACUCGUUCAAGCUACUGAAGAAAAUAUUAAAGUCAUUUUGGAUGCCCUACCUUAUUUGGAACCAAUUAAUAAGUCUAACGUAGACUUGGCUUUAGUUGGUGCGUUUGGUUUAUUGCAACAUUACAGAGAAAUUCGUAACUGCAGUGCAAACCAGCGUAUGUGCAACCAAGCCAUUAUGUUAAUAUCGGAUGGCAUUCCGAGCAACUUAAGUGAGAUUAUCCAGGAAUAUAAUAGACUAGGAAACGACAGUAUACCAAUAAGAAUUUUCACCUAUUUAGUAGGGAAAGAACCGGCACAUCUAGAAGAGUCUAUGUGGAUAGCCUGUAAUAAUAGAGGGUACCAUUGCCAUGUAGAUGCUUUAGAGCAAGUGACUCAAGCUGUUUACAAGUACGUAAUGGUGUUAGCUCGACCUUUGGUAUUACAAGCGGAGAAGAAUCCGCUGUCUUGGACGCAUGCAUAUGUGGAUGAAACGUUUUCAAUGGGCAAUGAAAACUUUGAGCAAUACCGGUUGCUGACAUCAGUCGCUGGGCCGGCGUUUAAUAAAAAAGUUAACAAUACAAGUAAGAAAAAGGCGGAAUUGCUUGGUGUUGCUGGGACGGACGUGCCGAUUGGAGACAUUGCAAAAUUAAUGUUCCCUUAUAAAACUGGAGCCAAUUCGCAUUCGUUUAUCGUUAGUAACAAUGGAUACGUCUUGAAACAUCCGGGUUUAAGUCCAAUGUUUGAUGGCGAAUUAACCGUUAAUUAUAAUAGUAUCGAUUUGACCGAAGUGGAACAGUUGGACGACGGUGCUGGACCUCGUGUGAUCGGAAGUGAAUUGGCAGAAUUAAGAUCAGCGAUGGUAAAAGGGGAAAAGGGAGUUUUGCACGACUUAAAAAUCAAGUUCCACUACGACAACAUGAGAAGGGUGUCGAGAGAAGUAAACGAUUACUAUUAUGCCCCUAUUAAUGGCACUCCAUUUUCAAUUGGAUUUGCGAUCCCUGAUUUAUAUGGAAAUUAUUCCAUUGAAGUGGAAGACAAGCUGGAAACGUACAAGCACAGUUUUGUAAAUAUUACAUCGUUUUUCAAUGGGACAAAUUGGAAAAUACAUCCAAAAUGGUAGGGUACUCUUAAAUUCGUUAGUUCUAUUUUCAUUUCACGGGUAAAUACCUAUAUUUUCUAUUACUAUAAUUCGUUUUGAAGUGAGCUCUUUUAAAUGUUUGAAAAUUGCCUGGUAACGACAACCCGCAACUCGAACACUUGAGCUCCUUGAAGGAUACGUUUGCUUGACAUUAUUGGUAUUAACCAAUAACGAGCAAACGAGCUCCUGAGCAUGCGCAAAACCAAAUUUUGAAACUGGGAUUAGAU